GGUAAGGGGCGGAGUGACAGGUUACUCCAAACCACGUUGCUAGAGGCGCAAGCUGGGGUGUGGAGGGUGUUCGGAAGGGGGCUUCUGGGCGUGCAACAAGGACCCGAAACGGAUAAGGCUUUGUCUGUGGCCUACCAUGCAUAGGUAUUUUGGAAUUCUGGAUCCAACUCUGAGCCUCAGCGGAGGUCACUGCUGUCAGUUCACCGCCCCGCGUGCCAGGAGCCGAGCGAAGUGGCAGGGGGUCGGGGAGGAGUACUAGAAACGAUUUGGUUUCCUACCCUUCGGGAUCUUAUAGUCUAGAAUUAGACCCGGUCACGUUUUAUUGCGGAGAAUUCUGAAAAAUCACCAUGGAGAAAGUAGCAGAUGGGGAGGACUUCAGUUGGAGAGAAAUUAGAAUGGGCUUUCACGUUGAGAGAACUGCUUGAGCCAGGAGAUGGGAAGUGGUUUGCAUAUUUGUUCAACAGGGCAUGUUUUAGGAGCUAAGCCAUGAAAGGCAGGUGGGCGCUUUGUUGUGGAGGGCUUUGCGUAGCAGGCAGAGGAGGUUUUGUUUUGUUUUGUUUUUUAACUUAAUUCAGAGGUCUGUUGAGAAGUGUUGGAGCAGGGAUAGUAAUUAAAGCCAAUCUUUAUGAAGGAAGAACUGGGGCCCUGUAUAGCAGUUAGGUGAAACGGGUGGAGACCCAUUAAGAUGCCAUUGCAAGAACUAAAAUUAAUUUUAAAGAGACUUUAGAUGGGAGGUAAUAAAGAGCUAAACAGGACAUUAGAAAUUGAGCAUGUAAAGGAGAGGAUAUUUGAAGGACGUCACUCAUGGUAACAAGGCGUGGGGUUACUGACAGGUCAGUGGAAGAUAAUGGCUUUCAUCCCCUGCUAACUCUGGCCAGUGGGCCCCUUUCUAUCUCAGCUGGUCCCAUGGACCACAACAAUUCUUUCUGUUAUCCUGUUGUGAAGCUGGUUACAUUGUUCUCUCAGGAGUAAGGAAUCUCCAGACAUAGUCCUCUUUCAGGAAACAGAGGUUUUGAAAGUGCUUUAGGGCCUGUAAGGUCCAGCAGUUUCCCUUUCAAGAUGCCUCUCUCAGAUUUUAUUCUGGCCCUGAAGGACAAUCCCUACUUUGGGGCUGGAUUUGGACUGGUGGGUGUGGGCACAGCCCUGGCCCUGGCCCGGAAGGGUGCACAGCUGGGCCUGCUGGCAUUCCGGCGCCAUUACAUGAUCACACUGGAAGUCCCUGCUCGAGACAGGAGCUAUGCCUGGUUGCUUAGCUGGCUCACCCGCCACAGUACCCGUACUCAGCACCUCAGUGUCGAGACCUCAUAUCUUCAGCAUGAGAGUGGCCGCAUCUCCACUAAGUUUGAAUUUGUCCCCAGCCCUGGAAACCACUUUAUCUGGUAUCAGGGGAAAUGGAUCCGAGUGGAACGAAGCCGAGAGAUGCAGAUGAUAGACCUGCAGACGGGGACUCCUUGGGAAUCUGUCACCUUCACAGCUCUGGGCACUGACCGCAAGGUUUUCUUCAACAUCUUGGAGGAAGCUCGAGAGCUAGCCUUGCAGCAGGAGGAAGGGAAGACAGUGAUGUACACAGCCAUGGGCUCUGAAUGGCGCCCCUUUGGCUAUCCACGCCGGCGGCGGCCUCUGAAUUCUGUGGUUCUACAACAGGGUUUGGCUGAGCGAAUUGUCAAAGACAUCCGGGAAUUCAUCGAUAACCCCAAGUGGUAUACUGACAGAGGCAUUCCUUACAGACGUGGCUACCUGCUUUACGGACCCCCUGGCUGUGGAAAGAGCAGUUUUAUCACAGCCCUGGCUGGGGAACUGGAGCACAGCAUCUGUUUGCUGAGUCUCACAGACUCCAGCCUCUCUGAUGACCGGCUCAACUACCUGCUGAGUGUAGCCCCUCAACAGAGCCUGGUGCUCUUAGAAGACGUGGAUGCUGCCUUUCUCAGUCGAGACCUGGCUGCAGAGAACCCAGUAAAGUACCAAGGUCUAGGUCGUCUCACCUUCAGUGGACUGCUCAAUGCCUUGGAUGGCGUGGCUUCCACUGAGGCCCGCAUUGUGUUCAUGACCACCAACCAUGUUGACAGACUGGACCCUGCCCUGAUACGCCCAGGACGAAUAGACCUGAAGGAGUAUGUGGGCUACUGCUCACACUGGCAGCUGACCCAGAUGUUCCAGAGGUUCUAUCCAGGGCAAGCACCUUCCUCAGCGGAGGCCUUUGCAGAACGUGUCCUUCAAGCUACAACCCAAAUCAGUCCUGCCCAGGUGCAGGGCUACUUCAUGCUGUAUAAAAAUGACCCUGCAGGGGCAAUUCACAAUGCUGAGUCCCUAAGGAGGUGACAGCUAGGCUGUGCUCAGCAGUCCUCCCCUAGAGGAUCAAUAAACAUUUGCCUCACGA